AUGAACGGACAGGAUCGGUUUGUCGUCGAUAGAAUUAGAGAAUUAGAAUAAGCAGCUACUGUUUUGUUUUCACACGCCAGCCAAAUCCGUUUCUGGGUUCAAGGAACGAACUGUUCUGUUCUCAAUCAUCAUUUCAAUUCAACAACGUUUUCUCUUUCGUUAUAAGAUAUAUCUCAGAAGCUUGAUGUUUUUGGUGUUGAUUUGAUUUUGACGUAAUUUUAUGGGGAAUAUAAUCGGUCCCAGCAAUGCAAAGGCUAGGAGGAGUGCUCCAGCAAGUGAGAUUUUUCCAGGUGAAUCUUGCAAGAGACAGAGAUUGUUGUCAACUUGUUAUGAGGAUGAUUCAAGACUGAUUCCUUCCCUUCCUGAUGAGAUAUCAGCUCAGAUUCUCGCUAGAGUACCUCGAAUUCAUUAUUUGAAUCUCAAGUCGGUUUCUCGGGCAUGGAAGGCAGCCCUUGCGAGUUCGGAACUAUUUUGUUUGAGAAAAGAACUUGGAACGACUGAAGAGUGGCUAUACAUAUUAACAAAAGUCAAUGAUAAUAAGCUGUUAUGGUAUGCCUUAGACCCUAUUUCCGGAAAAUGGCAAAGGUUACCUCCAAUGCCAAAUGUUUUUGUUGAAGAUGAAGCGAAAAAGGGUUUGGCUGCUAUUCCCCAUCGGAUGUGGAGCAUGUUGGGUUCAAGCAUCAAAAUUGCUGAUGUUAUCAUGAAAUGGUUUAUAAGGAAAGAUGCUUUGGAUCAGAUGCCAUUCUGUGGUUGCUCCAUUGGGGCUGUUGAUGGUUGCAUCUAUGCUUUAGGGGGAUUUUCUAAAGCUUCCGCUAUGAAAUCUGUUUGGCGGUAUGAUCCUGUUACCAACUCUUGGACCGAGGGUAGUCCAAUGUCAGUUGGUAGAGCUUACAGCAAGACAGGUGUAUUGAACAAUAAGCUUUAUGUUGUUGGAGGGGUUACUAGGGGUCGUGGUGGAUUGAAUCCUCUUCAAUCUGCAGAAGUAUAUGAUCCACACACCGGUACAUGGUCCCAAUUACCAAACAUGCCUUUUGCAAAAGCUCAGGUGCUACCAACUGCUUUUCUGGCUGACUUGCUCAAGCCUAUUGCUACGGGAAUGACUUCAUACAGGGGAAGGUUGUUUGUUCCUCAGAGUUUGUAUUGUUGGCCGUUUUUCGUUGAUGUUGGGGGAGAAGUUUAUGAUCCAGAUAUCAAUUCUUGGCUUGAAAUGCCAGGUGGCAUGGGUGAUGGUUGGCCUGCAAGGCAAGCUGGAACAAAAUUGAGUGUUACUGUCAAUAAUGAUCUGUAUGCACUAGAUCCUUCGAGUUCUCUCAACUAUGCAAAGAUUAAGGUAUACGACGAGGAAGGUGAUACUUGGAAAGUUGUUGCGGGAGAUGUUCCUAUUCAUGAUUUUGCUGAUUCAGAAUCUCCUUAUCUUUUAGCUAGUUUACUUGGAAAACUUCACGUGAUAACUAAAGAUGCCAAUCACAACAUUGCAGUGUUGCAGGCUAACAUGCAAAAUGAGUUAGCUUCGUCCCAGUCAAUGUUGUCAUCACCAGAUAGCGAACGUGCUGAAUCAUCAGCUGAAUCAGAGACAGAAAUUUGGAAGGUUUUCGCUUCUAGGAGUGGUAGAUCUUCUGAGCUAGUUAGCUGUCAAUCUCUUAAAGUGUGACUUUUGGAGGUAAAAUCCUCUUGUGGUUCUGAUUUCAGAUCAUUACGCCUGUAUUGGCUGGUGUCAUUGCGGAUAAACCACAAUGUUAAGUACAAUUUUAAUUUUAAGUGAUUGAUCCAUAAGAUGUAAUUUCACAUUAAAUCAUACACAUACAAUUCAAAAUUUUACAAAUUAAGAAUAUCAAAGCAUAAUACAUCAAAUCUGAAUGUUUUUCGAAAUAUUUCGUGCAUUUUACAUUGAGUAUAUCUUCAUACGAUUGCAUUUGGUCUUGUACAAUGUGACAGACGAUACUAUCUUCAUUAAAUGGGUGUUCAAUUUAUUCUGUUA